UCAUCUUCAAUGCCAUACUGCUGUUCCAUACCCUGGUCAUUAAUACAGCCUCCUAAGUACAUUAUCUACAGACGUUUGAUCCGCACCAUGGAAGUAGAUUAGUAAUAAGACCUUAAUACAACAAGACAACUGCUUCUUUCCCCCAGUCUUAGCAGCGCUGCUCUACCAGAUAUACCAUCACCAUGCGGACCCUCCUGGCUUUGCUUGUCCUGGCCUCUUCAGCUAUUCAGAGCGAGGGCUUGAAAUGCCAUACCUGCGUGUCAGCCAACGAGGAAGAAUGCAAUCGGCAAGGAUCGCAGAGCUGCCCCCAGUACGCAGACGCCUGCUCCACCAUCACGGGAACAAACACAGUCAUGAAGUCCUGUACUUACAAGGCCUUCUGUGACAAAGCCCACAACAGCAACUCUGGCAUGAAGAUGGACUGCUGCUUCACAGAAGACUGCAACGGACCCCACAAAGGAAAGAGUGCCAGUCAUAACGCUGGGGCUGCCCUUUUCUACAACCCUGCUUUAAUGUUCGGAGCUUUGCUCAUCAAGCUGGCAUUCAGCAGACUCUAAAAAGCAAUACCAACCCUAACCCUAAAGCUAGUCCCUCACACCCUCCCCACGCAGGGGUGUGUUGAUUUGCUGUAGGCACCAAAUGCACCGUCUUGAAAAGCAGCGACGGGACCUUUUCCUGUUGUCAGAUGCAGUACCUGUAAUUAUAUAGGCAGUGGUUAAGAAGCCAGGGCUUUAGACCACUCUGGUUUAUUUUUAUUUAAGCCAUCAAACAAAAUUUCGGAAAUUUUAAAAUUCAUUCUCCUGUCAAUCCUAUACUACCAUGUUUGUUUGUUUGUUUUUUCAUAACCCAGCAUGGGAGCAGAGAAAAGGUUAAUGUCAGAUUCACUUCACUGUUUUACUAGCUUGUAGUAACUAUUGCUUUAACCAAAACCUGUUGUCUCUGCUAUGCUGUACGUUUAUACAUGUGCUCAGUGACAACUUGGUUUCAAAUGUUGUAACAUUAAAGAACUAUGUAGUGAUUUUAAUUAUAUAAAGAAUUAGUGUGGAAGUAGCACUGAAGUCAGAAAUGGCUUGUCCUUCUGACCCCGAGGAACA